AUGAAUAAUGUUUAUCAACGACGUGUGCAUCCAAUCUUUGACGAAGAGCAUCGUUCGAUUAGUUCAUCGAAAGAAACACCACCCACAGAAGAAACAACCCUCAAAAGACAUCUUAGUCUCUUCUCAGCAACCUGUUUUAUUAUUGGUAAUAUUAUCGGUUCAGGUAUAUUUGUUUCGCCUCAAGGUGUUCUCAGAUAUACCGAGUCGGUUGGACUAUGUCUUAUUGUUUGGACUGCCUGUGGCUUUAUUUCCAUCCUUGGUGCUCUAAGCUACGCAGAAAUUGGUACAGUAAUUCCAUUAAGUGGUGCCGAACUUGCAUAUAUGCAAGAAGGUAUUGGUUCGGUGCAUGCACGUUAUACAGAAAAUCUUCAAAGUGGAUUUACGGGUACAACGAAGAAUCCAUUGGGUAUUGCUCUUGCUUUCUAUUCAGGUCUCUGGGCAUACGAAGGAUGGAGUAGUUUGAAUUCAGUAACUGAAGAAUUAAAAAAUCCGAAAAGAAAUCUUGGUCUAGCUUUGGCCUUAGCCUUACCAACUGUCAUCAUUUUGUACGUUCUUAUUAACAUUUCUUAUUUUACAGUCAUGAGUAAAGCAGUAUUACUCAGUUCGAAUGCUGUUGCUGUGACAUGGGGUGAAGAACUGUUAGGUCCUGUAGUUCGUGUUCUGCCGAUUAUGAUUGCUAUCAGCGCAUUGGGUAGCGCUAAUGGCGGUCUUGUUCAAAGUUCUCGGUAUUGCAUGGUCGGUGCUCGUUACGGUUAUUUACCAGAAAUCUUUGCAUGCAUCCAAAAACAACGACGUACACCACUACCAAGUAUUGUUUUUCAAAUCAUUCUUUCCAUUAUCUAUUGUAUUCUAAGUAAUGUCAAUACAUUGAUUAAUUUCUUUAGUUUUGUUGCAUGGCUCUUCUAUGGUCUUAGUUUUGUUGCCACUCUCUGUUGUAAAUGGACUAAAAGGGAUGCCUAUCGGGUAAUUAAUGUUCCUAUUCCUGUUCUUAUUAUUAAUAUACUUAUUGCCAUCUAUUUAAUAUUAAUACCUGUCAUUUCCGAUCCAAAUAUUGGUUAUCUCGUCGCAGGAAUACUCGUCCUAUCUGGCUUGAUCUUAUACUAUCCAUUCGUCUAUCGUAAAAUUGAACUUCGAUUUAUGAGUAGAACACAUUCAAACAUUCUUACAAGUCUUUUUCGAUCUGCAAAAGGCCGCAAUUAA